AUGUCAGCUGGUGAUAAAUUGGCUGUUGCAACUUAUGUGAUAGCCGGAUUAGGCCAAGAUGUCGUCGAUGAAAAGUGGACGAAUGACGAGAGAAGUCUCAGGGAUGAUGAAGAGGCAUAG